CGCAGCAUCGGCGCGCAUACCCGGAAAAACAAACGAACCACGUGGUGGAGACCCGCCGUGCGGGAUCAGGAUCAGGAUCAGAUACGAUGUGUGGACUGUAUUUGUAGUUCGUGUGUGACUUAACUGAGUCAUGAUUUAGGCACGUUGUUCGGUGGGAUUUUUGACGUGAUAUGUGACGUUAAGUGUUAACCAGAGCGGGUAAGUCCCUCAUGUCACAGCAGAACGUCAUGGGGGGAUGUGGCCGUCGAGUCGGACGAGCUGCAAGGAAGAGGAGGCAGAAACUAUUAAACCCUGCUCAGUCAGUCUCCCUCUGUCAUCAGCCGCUGUAUGUGCGUCUGAUGAAGUUCCUUCACCAGCGAGGAUUCACCUCCACCCUGCUGCAGCCAAACCACUUCACAGACACAGGCAGAGGUCUACAAGUCAAGAGGACAGUAAAGCCAGACGAGUUGUUGAUCUCCCUGCCGGAGUCCUGCCUCCUCACAACCACGACUGUUCUGGACAGCUACCUGGGACCCUACAUCAAGAGGUGGAAGCCCCGCCUCUCCCCCCUAUUGGCUCUCUGUGUCUUCCUGGUGUGCGAGCGACACAGCGGCGAGGCUUCUGAUUGGUUCCCUUACAUCGAGGCACUGCCCACCACUUACACCUGCCCUGCUUAUUUCCCUGAUGAGGUCAUGGCUGUUCUGCCAAUCGGUGUGCAGAGGCGGGCCUUAGAGCAGAGGGAGGCGGUGCUAGAGCUGCACGCGUCCAAUCAGGACUUCUUCAGAUCCCUGCAGCCAAUCCUGAGCCAGCCUGUGGAGGAGGUCUUGACCUAUGAGGCUUUAAGGUGGGCGUGGUGUAGCGUCAACACGCGCUCUGUCUUCAUGUCCCGCCCAUCCAGCCACUUCCUGUCUGGACAGGAUGUUUGUGCUCUCGCUCCCUUCCUGGACCUGCUCAACCACCGGCCUGACAUCAAGGUAUCAGCCAGUUUCAACGAUGUCAGUGGAUGCUAUGAGAUCAGGACGAUUUCAGGGAUACAGCGCUUCCAGCAGGCCUUUAUUAACUACGGUUCCCAUGACAACCAGCGCCUGUUGUUGGAGUAUGGCUUUGUUGCCCCUGGCAACCCCCACAGUGUUGUCUAUGUGGACACAGGUCUGCUCUGUGAGGUUAUGCGAGGUGACAGGAGUUUGGAGCAGAAGAUCAAGUUUCUGAAAGAGAACAACUUCCUGCAUAAUCUGACUGUAUCCAGUGAAGGUCCCAGCUGGAGGCUGAUGACGGCUCUCAGAGUUUUGGCGCUGCCACAGACCUUGUAUCCUCAGUGGAAGGCGGUGCUGCUCGGCCAGGUGGUGUGUGAAGAGAGAGAGAGGCAAAGUGUCCAGGCAGCUUGGACACUCUGUCACACACUACUACAGGACACACACACAGCACUGGAUAAGAUAUCCCAACUCCUUCAACAGUGUGACGAGCCAAUCCGAGAACAGCUGAAUGUGGUCAAGUCACUGCGACAGGAGGAGAGGUGCAUCCUGGGAGGCUGUCUGGAGGUGCUGCAAGGCAUGCGAGGACAGCCGGAGCACCUGUUGUCAUGCCAACCUGACGACAGUGCCGUCAGCUGACACCUGAUUGGUGCUCCGGCCCUUCCGUCAGUCACAUUGUCUUCGGUGUCCGUCACAGCUGGCACGUCGGACACAGCUGAGUGGAUUUUGGCUAAACCAGGGGAGGGUCCGCCUCAAGCAGGGAGCUAAAGUUCCACGUCAAACUGAGGAAAAAGCACAACAGACAUUUAUAGACUGUGUGCUUUUUAUCCCCUGACUACCUGGUCUGUAAUGAAGUGUCGUUUUUAAUCACCAUUAUCAACAGUCAGCGAAACACAUUCACUUGUUUAUUGCAGAUGGUUUGGUACCACGCACACAGCACUAUAUAGAAACAGGAGCUUUAGAUGUCUGGCAUACUCAGUUCUCAGUGUUAAAAGGCGAGUAAGGCUGUUCUGUUCCGUUGUCUCAACACAGCCCACGUGCACAUCAUCUCUCCCCAACGUCAUCGAUUCAUGAGCAAUCCAGUCCCACCAGUCAAUAUGUGAGCUACAUCAUCUGAGACCGCUGUGAGCCCCAUGACUCAUCUCGCCGCUCAUGUACAACAAACUCAGUGACGGUGAUUUCAGUGCACAACGUGAAUACUGUUUAUUUGUUUGGCUUUUUAAAAAAAAAAAAAAAAAAAAAAAUCCGUAAUGUAAAAUGACAAAAA